AUGACCGAAUCAACACAUGCUGCCGUCGAGAAAGUCCCGAGUAUGAUUGAGGAGAAGGACUUCCAUAAUGAGGACUAUUCCGGUUCUCUCGAAGCAAAUUGUCCUCCGCGGAGCCCAGUAUCCGACGAAGAGUCCACUAUCGGCGAGCCUCACCAUGACCUCUCUCAGGUCCCCACACAUACCAGCGCCGUAGCACGUACGCUCUCUAUCGUGCGUACGCGUGGGUCUGGAAAGGAUAUCGGCCCGCCGCCGGACGGGGGCUUCCAGGCCUGGCUCCAGGUUGCUUUGGGACAUAUGAUCAUAUUCAAUACGUGGGGCUACAUCAACAGCUUCGGCGUCUUCCAAACAUACUACACCUCGAAGUUGAACCGACCUCCCUCGGAUAUCUCCUGGGUGGGGAGCAUCCAGAUCUUCUUGCUCUUCUUCAUCGGGACCUUUUCCGGCCGCGCAACCGAUGCAGGCUAUUUCCGAGUCACCCUGAUAGUCGGCGCCACGCUUGAGGUUUUCAGUAUCUUCAUGACCUCGCUAUGCACUGAAUACUGGCAACUGUUCCUAGCACAGGGUCUGGGGCAGGGCAUUGGAUGUGGCCUGAUGUUCUGCCCGACGCUGGCGUUGAUUUCAACGUACUUCGUCAAGCGUCGCGGCAUUGCUCUUGGUCUUGUUGCCUCGGGUUCGGCCACCGGUGGUCUAGUCUUUCCAGCGGUCGUCAUGCGCAUGCUGCCAGAGGUCGGAUAUGGCUGGACAAUGCGAACACUGGGCUUCAUCACGAUGGCCACAUUGAUUCCCUGCUUGCUAUUCUUUAAGCAGCGACUGCCACCUCGCACCGCCGGGCCGCUCGUCGAGUGGGCUGCUUUCAAGGAGAUGUCGUACCUACUCUUCGCGGUGGGCAUGUUUCUCAACUUCUGGGGCCUGUACGUCGCCUUCUUCUACAUCGGCAGCUUCAGUCGUAACAUCAUCGGGGUUUCGGAGACAACCUCCAUCCACCUGCUCAUGGUCAUGAACGGAGUCGGUAUAGCAGGCCGGCUGGUGCCCAAUCUGAUGGCCGAUCAGUUCACGGGCCCGCUCAAUCUUCUGAUCCCCUUCAGCUGUGCAACAGCGAUCGUGUCCUAUUGCUGGUCAGCCGUCCACGACAUGUCCAGCCUGUGGACAUUUGCGGUGUUCUAUGGUCUUUUCGCCGCUGGCAUCCAGUCGCUGUUCCCCGCCACGCUAAGCACGCUCACCACGGACUUGAAAAAGAUCGGCGUGCGGAUGGGCAUGGUGCUCAGUAUCGUGGCAGUCGCGGCUCUCAUCGGUUCGCCCAUCGCAGGUGCCCUGAUAUCGACCGACGGUGGCGAUUACCUCUAUGCGCAGAUGUUCAUGGGUAGCGCCAUCAUCGCGGGCAGCGUCGUUCUGAUCGGAGCGCGAGUGACCAAGGUGGGCAUGGGCCUCGCACGCGUGUAA